GUCGAGGGGUCCGACACGGUGCAGAGGAAGAGGCAGAGCAGAGGAAGAGGAAAAGCCCCCGGACCAGAGGAAGAGCAGGGGGGGACGCAGAAAGGGAAAGGGCGGACUGACCGACCCCAGUGGGGAGCUGAUCCGGUUCUUGCUCCGGUGCGUCUCCAGGCGCGUCUUCAUCCUGCAGCUCCUGCAGCCGCUGCGCGCUGCGCGCUGCAUGCGCUCCAUCCCGGAGCGGCGUCGGAUAACGUCCGGGGGAUUCUGUUUUACCUUUAUCCACACACCUUUUUUUUUUUUUUUUUUUUUAAGAAAUAACGCCUCUACAGAGGAGGAUCAACUUGGAUCACGUCGGGAAAGCAGCUGAUCGGAGAUCAGAAAUCAGAAAUGCCCCUCGGUGUUUUUUUAUAGCGUUUAUUUGAAUUUGGAGGACCAAAUAAAGGCUUGCGGUGCAGAACGGACGGAAAGGGAGGAGAGCUGCAGCUGCAGAAAAAAGGAGAGACCUGCCGGUUUGGUAGUGAGGACCAGAGCCAGAGAGAAGAGGGAGAGAGGAGGAGAGACAGGGGGAUCCGAGGCGUGAAUGCCACCGGAGGAACACGCAGAAACGGGGAGGAUGGAGGAGCUUUUGCCCGGGGAGAGGAGGCGGUGAUGGAGACCAGCAGCCCCUCCAGCAGCCGCAGCAGCAGCAUGGGGAGGAUGAGAUUAGAUGGACCAGAAACUGAAGAGCUGACCCUCACAACUUGAAGGAGAUGAAACAAAGAGUAUGACCCUGUGUUUUUCGACGGGUGCCAAAGAACAGACGGGGGAGAAGCCUCCCUGACUGGAGAACUGCUGCUUGUAACAACUCUCUAAACUGAGGGGCUCUCACGCUACCCCGAACCCAUCGAGAGACACUUUCCAACCCGUCUGCAAACGUCAGAUAACCAUCAGAUUGUUGACAACCACAUGGUUGAGGGGACUGUACGCGACUGCCGCCGCCGAUUCUCGAGCAGCAGCGGCCUCCGACAACCCCGACCUCCACCAUGCAGUGGAGACGGCGGCACUGCUGCCCCAUCACCUGGACCGUCAAGCGGUCGCUCUUUCGCACCCAUGUGGCUGGAUUAUUCUUCCUCGCGCUGCUCUUCACCUUCUUCCUAUUCUUCAGCCACCAGGACAGGUUGCCUGGACGCAGUGGGCUUCGCGAAAACCCGUUGGCCUACACGGUCAGGGGUUUCCGCAGUCCCAAGGGGGAGGUCAACCAAAGCAACUCUCUGAGGAGCCUGUGGAGGGAAACAGGGUACAUAGCACCAAAGUCUCCGCUCAACCUCAGCUCUCAGCAGGUGGAGGGGGGCGGCGGGAGAGCCGGCGGGAGGCGGGGGGAAGGUGGAGGGGGAUCCAGGAUGGGCGCCAUUGGCCUUGGGGAAUCGAUGAGCACAAACAACAGUUUACAGAAGGAGAUGGAUGUAGGGGAGACUCUCAGCGCGCAGCCUUACCGGUACAUCUUGAACGAGCCCUUCAAGUGCAGGGACAACACACCCUUCCUCAUCCUGCUCAUCGCUGCAGAACCCGGACAGAUUGAUGCGCGCAACGCCAUUCGACAGACGUGGGGGAAACGAAGAGCGCAGCGGCGGGUCUAGGGUUCGUUCGGCUUUUUUCUUCUCGGCACAAGACAGAACUCGGACAUCUUCCUUCAAAGCAACAUAGAGGAAGAGAGCCGCGUUUACCACGACAUCAUCCAACAGGACUAUCAGGACACUUACUACAACCUGACCAUCAAAACUCUGAUGGGCAUGGAUUGGGUGGCCAACUUCUGCCCACACGUCUCCUACGUGAUGAAGACAGACAGCGAUAUGUUUGUAAAUACAGAGUAUCUCAUCCAAAAGCUGCUGAAGCCCGAGUUAUCGCCCAAGCAAAGGUACUUCACCGGGGUACCUGAUGAGGGCUACGCACCAAACCGAAACAAGGACAGCAAGUGGUACAUGCCACCGGAGCUUUACCCGAGCGAGCGCUACCCGAUAUUCUGCUCGGGCACGGGGUACGUGUUCUCUGGGGACAUGGCCGAGCUGAUCUACCACGCCUCUCUCAGCAUACGAAGGCUGCACCUGGAGGACGUUUACGUGGGGAUCUGCCUGGCCAAACUGCGCAUCGAUCCGGCGCCGCCCCCCAACGAGUUCUCUUCAACCACUGGCGCGUUCUCUUACUCCAGUUGUAAGUACAGCCACCUGAUCACGUCCCAUCAGUUCAGCCCCAACGAACUCAUCAAGUACUGGAACCACUUGCAGAGCAACAAGCACAACGCCUGCAUCAACAUUAACAAGGAGAAGAACGGCAGGUACAAACACCGCAAGUUUCACGGAGAGAGGCCUCCGUUGAGGACGGGCGCACCGGAACGGGGGCUGGAGACGGGGAAUUAUAUAUAACUCUAGC